GCCUCCUCCAGUCCUGCUCGCUCCCCACCUCUCAUGGCGGCGCCGGCGGCCACCCGCCUCCACUCCCCGUUCCUCCUGCUUCCUUCCCCACCGCACCCCCACCCUUCACUUCGCCUCCGCUUCCUCCUGCCGUCCCCGCCGCCGCUCCGCCUCCGCCGCCACUUCCCGCUGCUGGCUGCCGCCGCCGUAUCCGCCGCAGCCGGCGCCGGCGGUGGCGGGGAGGAGGUCGCCGCUAGGAAGGACGACAAGGCCAGGCAGCUGCAGAAGCGGGUCCUCGUGGGCGUCGCCAUCGGGGUGGGCGCCGGCGGCAUCGUGGUCGCCGGCGGCCGGGUGUUCGCCGCCGCCGUCGCGGCCGCCGUUCUUGCCGGCUCCCGGGAGUACUUCGAGCUCGUCCGCAGCACUGUAGCCGGAGGCGGGACCCCGCCGCCGCGCUACGUGUCCCGCGUCUGUUCCGCCAUCUGCGCUCUCAUGCCCAUCCUUACGCUGUACUAUGGACGCAUGGAUGUUACUGUGGCGUUUUCUGCAUUCGUCAUUGCAAUAGCAUUGCUUUUACAAAGAGGAAACCCUCGUUUUGCUCAGCUAACUAGUUCAGUUUUCGGGUUAUUUUACUGCGGUUAUCUACCUUCUUUCUGGGUUAAGCUUCGAUCCGGACUAGCUGCCCCUGCCUUAAAUACAAGCAUAGCAUACAAUUGGCCAAUUCUUCUUGGUGGACAAGCUCACUGGACAGUUGGACUUGUAGCAACCUUGAUGGCUAUUAGUAGCAUCAUUGCUGCUGAUACAUCUGCUUUCCUUUGUGGAAGGGCAUUUGGUCGUACCCCUUUGACUAACAUAAGCCCUAAGAAGACCUUGGAGGGUGCUUUAGCUGGCCUAGCUGGCUGCGUACUGACCACUGUGCUGCUGUCGACUGCCUUACGCUGGCCAAGGUCGCUUUUGAGUGCCACAGCUUAUGGAAUCCUGAUCUUCCUGGGUUCGUUAUUCGGGGAUCUUGUUGAAUCUCUGAUCAAGCGCGACGCUGGUGUGAAGGACUCCGGAUCGCUCAUUCCUGGUCAUGGUGGGAUUCUUGACCGAGUUGACAGCUACGUUUUCACGGGGGCACUUUGCUACUCUUUUGUCAGAGUGGCUCUACCCCUGUACGGGGUCUGAUUAGAGCACCGGCCUUCUUGUUGUUUUGCCUUUCUCCUUCCAUCAGCAAUGCGGUCAGUCACCAUACAUUUUAACAUGCAACGAUGAGUAUUUGCUGGGAUGCCCUAGAUCAGUUCUUCAUCUCAAGACAACGUGGUCUUCCCUCCAAGCGAAUUUGGUGGCCACUAGCUCGUCAUCGACAUUGCUUCUUGCUUUGGGUUUGAGAUGGCCUUUCCAGCUCAACCAGUUUCUUGCAAGCCUUGUAACUCUGUGUGUACAUAGUUUAUUUUUUCAUAUAGAGAGAGAGUAAAAAGGAAAGGCUAAUUAUUCAUCACAAAAGCUGUUAACAGUGCAUUGAGGCAGCUUAUGUCAAUAUGUACCAAACUACACUUGUUUUAAUAAUUCAAGGCACUAAAUUCCC